CCUCAGCGGACAGGCCUCCGUCUUGAAGGCGGUUAUACGGCAAGUGUGAUGUCCCCCUGGUCUGCUGAGCUGUGACGCGAGGACGGACUUGUUUAGCAGCCUAAUGGACAGUAUCGAUAAGUUAUCAAUUAAAAUCUCGACUGAGUAGCCUCUUUGUGCGAUUUCGGGAUUAUAUCGUUUCCGUUUGCACCGCCUGCCUCUGUGCUGGUUGACUGUAGCAGGAUAUCACCUCUGACUUUGUCGUAACAUCAGCAUUACUGAGGGAAACCAGUGUUUAGCUGUCGAGCGAGGAAGUGAAGCUGAAGUUGAUAAAGAUAAGACCGGAAGUUUGGUGAUUUUGCCUUCAUAACAAAGGCGCCUAAUAUAUUAAUUUUGUUUUUGAAAAAAGACUUCUGGGGUUCAACAAAGCAGUUAAACCAACCAACUUCAAAAAAAAAAUUAAUGUCUUUAUUAUUACUUUGGUACACUGUAUUAUCUUUACGCCUCCAAUCGUUUUAUUUUGGAAGCUGCGAGCGGAAGUAGUUUUUGGUCCUACUGUUUCUGAGUCUGGUAGGAAGGGGGAUGUGGCCAGGAUGUAUUUAUGCUGCUGUUCAAGAUAUGAAAAUCAUUGAAUCGGCGCUGCUUCGGGAGCCCUGCUUCACCACCGGGCACAGCGGGGGUAACGACAGUGCUGCCGUCCGUCAGCGUGGUGGUGGUUGUCGGCGCUCGAAAACAGCCAACACGGCCGAGGCGUCUGUGCUGGUUUCGUCUGGACUGGACCAUUUCCAUGAAGGCUUCUCAACCUCACGCCCAAACAAUUUGUUGAAUUUGUGUGCGGGGCUGUAUUCUGUGCUUAUGUAAUAACAGUAUGUGAAUCGACACAGUCAAAUAGAUUUUUUUUUUAUAAUUCGUUUAGUUUUGGACAAAAAGCUUUGCCCUUUUUUUAAAAAAAAAAAUCAUUUUAUUUUAUUUUAUUUUAUUUUAUUUUAUUUUUUACAAAUGUCAACAACUCAGCAUCAAGUGAUGAUGGAGUCCUCUCUAGCUCUUGGUAGACUGGAACUGACCCCCAGCACAGCCGCUGUUGGGGUCAACCUGACCCCGCGGCUAAGCGGUGGCCCCCCCGCGAAAGAGAAGAGCGGCCAGCGGCCUCUGGGGCCACAAGGCCAGGCUCAUCUGAACGGCUGCGUCCCGCUGUCACAUCAGGUGGCGGGUCACAAGUACGGAGUGGAUAAAGUGGGUAUCUUGCAGCAUCCAGAUGGAACAGUCCUGAAGCAGCUUCAGCCUCCACCAAGAGGUCCACGAGAGAUGCAGUUUUACAGCAUGGUGUAUGCAGAGGAGUGCAGUGAUCCAUGUCUCCUGGAGCUCCAGAACCACCUUCCAAAGUACUACGGGACCUGGUCCUCUCCUGACAGCCCCAUUGACCUGUACCUGAAGUUGGAGGACGUGACCCGCCGCUUCGUCAAGCCGUGCAUCAUGGACGUGAAGCUGGGCCAGCGCAGCUACGAUCCGUUCGCCUCGCAGGAGAAACGGGAGCAGCAGAUCAGAAAGUACCCACUGAUGGAGGAGAUUGGCUUCCUGGUCCUCGGCAUGAGGGUAUAUAAGGUGUGCAGUGACACGUUUGACUCCUACGACCAGCACUAUGGAAGAGGACUGGUUAAGGACACUAUUCAAGAUGGCCUGGCUAAAUUCUUCCAUAAUGGUGUGUGUCUGAGGAAGGAUGCAGUGUUGGCCAGUAUCCACAGGGUGCAGCAAAUCCUCCGCUGGUUUGAAUCUCAGCACCAGCUGGCCUUUUACGCCAGCUCGCUCCUCUUCGUCUACGAGGGUCUCCCCUCCUCUUCCUCCUCCUCCUCCUCUCUUUCUUCCCUCCUCAGUACCCCGUCAGUCAGCCCGACUGCUGUGAAAACUACCACGUUGUCAUCGGCGGGUGACAGCUGUCAGAGGGGGGAGGGAAAAGCAAGACAGGAAGGGGCGGGCCAGGAAGAGGAGGUGGCGGAGUUCAACAACAACAACAUUCAGGUGGUUUUGCCCUGGGACUGCGGCAUGACCACCAUUUACACCAACCACAGGAAACACGGCCACCACCACUGCGCCAAGGGUCAUCUCCAUGGCAACAGUGGAGCCGGUGCAGAUGUGGAGACGACGGUGAGCUCGGUUUCCAGAGAUAACAACUCAGUACUGUGUCAAGAAGACAACUCUGCAUGGAAACGAACAGGUGAGUCGCAGCAGCCACCGAACGGAAACGGAAACAAAUCACAACUGGAAAGGAAGGCUGAGGAGGGAGAGGGGGAGGACGGCGGCAGGGGGAGGAGAGAGGAGGAGCUCCAGGGACAAGGAGAUGAUGCCACAGAGGAGGGUGGAAGAGACACAGAGGUAGAGGUCAGGAUGAUCGACUUUGCCCACGUUUUCCCAAGCGAGAGCCACGAUCAUGGCUACAUCUACGGCCUCAAACACCUGCUGACGGUGCUGGAGCAGAUCCUCUGUGAAGCUGCCUAGACCUCUAAUUCCUCCCUGCACC